UCUCUGCAGGUAGACAGGUGGCUCAUGCCACCCCCCACUCAACCCCCCCACACUCCCACAGAUGCCCCUGGGCAGUAUGGAGCCUAUUUCCAGGAUAAUGGUUUCCUAGCCCUCCCCAAGGAUAUCUUCUCCAGAAGCCUACCGGAAGUACCUGAGACCAUUGAGCUGGAAGUUCGGACCAGCACAGCCAGUGGCCUCCUGCUCUGGCAGGGUGUGGAGGUGAGAGAGGCCAGCCAUAGCAAGGAUUUCAUCAGCCUCGGGCUGCAGGAUGGCCAUCUUGUCUUCAGCUACCAGCUGGGCAGUGGGGAAGCCCGCCUUGUCUCAGAGGACCCCAUCAAUGAUGGCGAGUGGCAUCGAGUGACAGCACUGCGAGAGGGCCAGAAAGGCUCCAUCCAAGUGGACGGUGAGGAGCUGGUCAGUGGCCAGUCCCCAGGCCCUAAUGUGGCAGUCAACACGAAGGGCAGUGUCUACAUAGGUGGUGCCCCAGACGUGACCACGCUAACUGGGGGCAGGUUCUCCUCUGGAAUCACUGGCUGUAUCAAGAAUCUGGUACUGCACUCAGCCAGACCUGGCGCCCCACCUCCCCAACCCCUGGACCUGCAGCACCGUGCUCAGGCAGGGGCCAACACACGCCCCUGCCCCUCAUAGGCACCUGCCUGCCCCAUACCCCCAUGGACUCCGGGCAGUGCCCAGCCCGACAAUGUCGAGUAUAUUAUUAUUAAUAUUAUUAUGACUUUUUGUAAGAGACUGAGGCGAUGCCACACGCUUUGCUGCUGCCACCCUGGGCUGGACUGGAGGGUGGGCGUGCCACCUCACACAUGCAUGGGCAGAGCCCCAAGGCUGGUGGGCAGGGCAGAUGAACUGGAGAAGGUUGCCUCAGAAGGGCCACCAGGACUUGGAGUCAGAUAUGGUGGCUGGAUGGAAUCAGAACUUCUCCCUCUCCUGCCCCACCACAGAACCAGAUCCAAAGUGGUGUUGGGCUGCCCAUGGGCAGUCCUCAUUCCUGUGAGCCAAUCUCAGCUUAUCACCUGGUGCCUCACCAUUGACCCCAAUGAGGGGGUGUUGCAGUGGCCUGGGCCACCGCCCCGUGCUGGGAGCAGAAAGCAGCUCACCCUUCCCCCACCAGCCACUUCCCAGCUCCCUAAACUCCCACCUAGCCAGGAGCCCCUUGUCCCUGGCAGCCUUCCCUCCCACCCAGCCAUCUUCCACCUGCAUUUUCCUGUUACCCCCACACACAGCCAGGGCCCUGCCCUCUGGAGCUGCAAGGGAAAGCAACUCUUCCCCAAGCUGCUAGACAGAGCCUAGCAAUGAGGUAACCCCUACAGCAGGCCGAACCCCCCACCCUUCUGGAGGUGAAGACCCAGGGCAUGGGGGAGCCAGGUCAGGAGACCAGUGCCUUGGUGGGGGUGGCUGAGACCCCUGACUGGGAAAGAGAGGAGGGGUGAUGACAGCCCCACUCAUCUGGGAGCCUGAGGACCCAACUGGUGGGUAAGCAGGCCCAGACUGUGGCUGUUGGAGCACCCAGCCUCAGGUCCUAAAGGGGAACCCCUGUGGUCUUUGUCUUGAUUUUUCUUAAUAAACGGUGCUAUCCCCGCCA